AUGUGGAAACAUACCAAAAUAGAAGUUGCAAAUUUAGAUUCAGCAAAAAACCGAGUACUACGGAAAGAGUUUUUAUUAAAAACAAGACACAUCUCUUAUCCUUCAAGUUCUUUCUUGACACCAGUUAAAUUAUCAGAAAAAUUUCAUAUUGAGGACCUCUAUAAACCUUUUCAAAAAGCGAAACCAAAAUCACUAAUAGUCUCAAAAAGUGGUUAUAUUAGCAAAAAUUCAAGUUGCUUAAACUCAGUCCGUUCCAAAAAUUCUGAUGAUUCUUUUUAUAUUCAGGCAAAAAAUGCUUUUUUAAAUGAUAGAUCAUCUUCCUUCAUCAUGACUCCAAACCCUAAUACAAAUCAUAAUUCCAAGUUCUAUUCUCCAUCAGUCAGGCAAAAAACAGCUAUUCCAAAACUGAACUCUCAAGACUCUCGGAAGUCACUUGUAUUUUCGCCACAAAAUAAAUUGUUUAAAGUAGAUGUAAAGUUGAGAAAACCAAUUUUCUCGCAAGUGAACAAGCGGAGCUAUGAAAAAUACUUGGGAAAUGAAUUACCAUAUGAAAAUAAUAACUAA